GCGGGGCGCAGGGGCAGCUGGGAAGAUGGCGGGUGUGGGCACGGCCGCUGUGGCGGCUUGGGUACCUUGUCGGAGCUGGGGCUGGGCAUCCGUAUCCUUCGGCCCCCACCGUGGCCUCAGCGCGUUACUUGCACGGAAGCCCCAGCGAGCGCCACGGUGGCUCCCAGCUUUCAGGCAAAAGACAUUAUUCUCUUUCCUUAAUCGACCAGACCUUCCAAACCUGGCUUAUAAGAGACUAAAAGGGAAAAGUCCAGGAAUUAUCUUCAUCCCUGGCUAUCGUUCUAAUAUGAAUGGUACAAAAGCAUUGGCAAUUGAGGAGUUUUGUAAAUCUCUAGGGCACGCCUAUAUAAGGUUUGAUUACUCAGGAGUUGGAAGUUCAGAUGGUAACUUACAAGAAAGCACAGUGGGGAAAUGGAGAAAAGAUGUUCUUUCUAUAAUUGAUGACUUAGCAGUAGGACCACAGAUAUUAGUCGGAGCUAGCCUUGGCGGAUGGCUUAUGCUUCAUGCUGCAAUUGCACGACCAGAAAAGGUUGUAGCUCUUAUUGGUGUAGCCACAGCUGCAGAUAACAUAGUGACACAGUUUAAUCAGCUUCCUGUUGAGCUGAAAAAGGAAGUAGAGAUGAAAGGUGUGUGGUCCGUGCCAUCAAAAUACUUUGAAGAAGGAUUUGAUCACAUUCAGUACAGUUUUAUAAAAGAAGCUGAACACCACUGCUUGCUACACAGCCCUAUUCCUGUGAACUGCCCUGUAAGACUGCUCCAUGGUAUGAAGGAUGACAUCGUACCUUGGCAUACUUCCAUGCAGGUUGCCGACCGAGUACUCAGCACAGAUGUAGAUGUCAUCCUCCGAAAGCAUAGUGAUCACCGAAUGAAGGAAAAAGCAGACAUCCAACUUCUGGUUUACACUAUUGAUGACUUAAUUGAUAAGCUUUCAACUAUAGUUAAUUAGUAUCACAUUUUUAGUUGGUAUAUAAACUAAUGUAUCCAGAUGAUUUAGUUAGUGUAUAAACUAAUGUAUCCAGAAGAGGAUAACAAGAUUGAAAGACUCUGAUACUUUAGGUUUUUCCCUCUUACGUGUAUUUUGUAAAUAUCAGAUGAAUAUUUGUUUAAUGAUGUAUUUGCACAAGUGAUACAAAUUGUAAAGAACAGACCAGCUGCUGUUUUAAAAUUUUUUUCUUUCCUUCAAUCCUUGAUUUUUUUUUCAUUAAAAUGUUCCCUAUUUUUUUAUUC